CUCAGUGGGGUUCUUGACUUGCCUCAGGUGGUUUACUUCUCUGUCUCCAUACGCGAAGAGGUAGUGCUUAGCUCCCCUCUUUGGAGAGCAGGGUACCCAGGAGGCCUCAGUACAUGCUUGUUGGAUGAGCUCAUUUCAAAGGCCUGAACACUUCAGUAUGUCAUUCACUCGGUCCAUAAACAUCACGCCCCGAGGUGCAUGAGAGUUGCGGACUAUGCUCUUCACAGAACUCAGUCUCUUGGAGCCAAGACAUUGACGCAGCAGUCCUGCUCAUGAAUGUGAAAUGACACAGGGAGACGGCCACCACCAAGGUCCCGGAGAUCCGUGAUGUGACGAGGAUCGAGCGCAUUGGUGCUCACUCCCACAUCCGGGGGUUGGGGCUGGAUGAUGCCUUGGAGCCACGGCAGGCUUCCCAGGGCAUGGUGGGGCAGCUGGCGGCCCGGCGGGCGGCAGGCGUGGUGCUGGAGAUGAUCCGGGAGGGGAAGAUAGCCGGGCGGGCAGUGCUCAUCGCCGGCCAGCCAGGCACCGGGAAGACAGCCAUCGCCAUGGGCAUGGCCCAGGCCCUGGGCCCUGACACCCCGUUCACAGCCAUUGCCGGCAGCGAGAUCUUCUCCUUGGAGAUGAGCAAGACAGAGGCGCUGACGCAGGCCUUCCGGCGCUCCAUCGGUGUCCGCAUCAAGGAGGAGACCGAGAUCAUCGAAGGGGAGGUGGUGGAGGUUCAGAUCGACCGGCCGGCCACCGGGACGGGCUCCAAGGUGGGCAAGCUCACCCUCAAGACCACGGAGAUGGAGACCAUCUACGACUUGGGCACCAAGAUGAUCGAGUCCCUGACCAAAGACAAGGUCCAGGCCGGGGAUGUGAUCACCAUCGACAAGGCCACGGGCAAGAUCUCCAAGCUGGGCCGCUCCUUCACGCGAGCACGCGACUAUGAUGCCAUGGGCUCCCAGACCAAGUUUGUGCAGUGCCCCGACGGGGAACUGCAGAAGCGCAAGGAGGUGGUGCACACCGUGUCCCUGCACGAGAUUGACGUCAUCAACUCCCGCACCCAGGGCUUCCUGGCUCUCUUCUCGGGUGACACGGGGGAGAUCAAGUCGGAAGUCCGUGAGCAGAUCAACGCCAAGGUGGCCGAGUGGCGUGAGGAGGGCAAGGCGGAGAUCAUCCCUGGAGUGCUGUUCAUCGACGAGGUCCACAUGCUGGACAUCGAGAGCUUCUCCUUCCUCAACCGGGCACUGGAGAGCGACAUGGCGCCCGUGCUCAUCAUGGCUACCAACCGCGGCAUUACCCGUAUCCGAGGCACCAGCUACCAGAGCCCGCAUGGCAUCCCCAUCGACCUGCUGGACCGUCUGCUCAUCGUCUCCACGUCCCCCUACAGUGAGAAGGACACGAAGCAAAUCCUUCGCAUCCGGUGCGAGGAGGAGGACGUGGAGAUGAGUGAGGAUGCCUACACGGUGCUGACCCGCAUCGGGCUGGAAACCUCUCUGCGCUAUGCCAUCCAGCUCAUCACGGCCGCCAGCCUGGUGUGCCGGAAACGAAAGGGUACGGAGGUGCAGGUGGAUGACAUCAAGCGGGUGUACUCGCUCUUCCUGGACGAGUCGCGCUCCACGCAGUACAUGAAGGAGUACCAGGACGCCUUUCUCUUCAACGAGCUCAAAGGCGAAACCAUGGACACCUCCUGAGCCGGUCGGCACCCCACCCCACCCCCACCUGCUGCUGUGACACUGUGACUUUGUAUAAAAUGGUUCUGAAACUGGA